AUGGCUCCCAAGACGACGAGCAAGACGAGCCGCAAGAAGAACGUGACGUCCGAGCUCCUCGAUGGCUCGGCGGCGGCGACGCUCAUUUCGGCCACGUCGCAGACCGACCGCUUCUUCCUCCAGACGGUCGACGACCAGAACCUCAACAUCCACCUCGUCCAAGUCAACCUUGGCAUUGGCAAGCGCGAGCUCCUCGUCGACGCCACACUCAAGCUCGAGACGGGCGUUCACUAUGGCCUCGUUGGUCGCAACGGAACGGGCAAGUCGACCUUGCUGCAGGCGCUCGGCGACGGCCUCUUUGAAGGCAUCUCGUCCAGCCUCCAGGUCAUGUAUGUCAACCAGCUCUUCCACCUCGACCUCGCCGACGGCGACGCCGUGGUCUCGGUCCUCGACGUGCUCAUGGCUGCGGACAAGGAGCGGCUCCACCGCCAGCGCCGCAUCGACACGCUCGAGGCCGCGCUUGACGCGCAGACCGUCCACCGCACGCUGGUCGAGCUCCGCUGCCUCGACACGGAGUUUGCUCUCGCCAAGAUGCUUCGCGUCGCGACCAAGCGCAGCGGCCUCCGCGGCUUGACAGCGCGCAAUAAGGCCCUCGCCCUCGAAGGCGACCUCGCCCGCGUCCGCGCCGAGCUGGCCGACAUGGCCGAGGUCGACGACACGGAAGAGGACAUUCUUCGCGCGCAGGAGCUCCUCGACGAGCUCUACAGCGACCUCGACCGGUCGUCGGAGGCCAAGGCCCGGGAAAUCCUCUGCAACAUUGGCUUGACGACGCCGACGGAGCAGGACCAGCCAUUCGCACAGCUUUCGGGCGGCUGGAAGAUGCGCGUCUUCCUCGCGCAGAUUGAGUUUCUGCGGCCGCAUCUGCUCUUGCUCGACGAGCCCACGAACCAUUUGGACUUGCCUCGCAUCCAGUGGCUCGGCCGCUUCAUCAACGAGCACCUUGGAGACAUGACGAUCGUGACGGUCUCGCACGAUCGCGCGUUUCUCAAUGCCGUCACGGACGCCAUCGUCGUCAUCAAGACCAACAAGACGCUCGGGUAUUUCCAAGGCGAUUACGACACGUUCAUGACGACCGUCCAAGACAAGGAUGCGUUCAAUGCCAAGUUGAACGAGAAAAUGCAGGCCAAGACCGAGAAGCUCCAGAACCAAGUGGCCCAAAUGACGCUCGCUGGGAAAAAGUCGGGUGAUGACAAGCGCCUUGCGGCUGCCGCCUCGCGCAAGAAGAAGAUUGAGCGCGUUGGCAAUGAGAAGAAUGCAAAAGGCCACCGCUUCCGCAUGAACAAGGACCGCGCCGGGUACUUUGAGACCAGCCGCGCGGGCGCCGAGGACCAGCUCAUUGAUCUGCAUGAGCCCGAGCAUUGGGUCAUCUCGCAGCCGCUCGGCGUGCCGUCGACCACGUCGCUCUUGUCGGUCGAGAAGCUCUGCUUUGGGUACACGCCGUCGACGCCGAUGCUCAAGAACAUCUCGUUCAACGUCCACCAUGGCGAGCGCAUCGUCUUGCUCGGCUGCAACGGCACGGGUAAGAGUACGCUCAUCCAGCUCUUGCAAGGCCGGCUACAGCCCACGUCCGGUACCAUCACGCUCGCGCCACUUGUCCGGCUCGGGGCGCUCACCCAAGAUGUGGUCGAGACGCUCAAAGACGAAUCAAAGACGCCGCUGCAGCUGCUCUCGCCCGAGACGGAGGACCUGGGCCGGCGGCACUUGGCCAAAUUCGGUCUCCGCGGCGCGUUUGUGAGCGAUGCGCCGUGCGAGACUCUCUCGGGUGGCCAAGCCAUUCGCCUUGCGAUGGGUCUCAUCACGUAUCCGACGAGCCCGCAGCUGCUGAUCCUCGAUGAACCGACGAACCAUUUGGACAUGAGCAGCAUCGCGGCGCUCACGGACGCGAUCAAGAGCUUCACCGGCGCGAUCGUCGUCAUCUCGCACGACGAAGCGUUCCUUCGCGCGGUCGCACCCGACACGGUGCUCUGGCUCACCAAGCGCGGCGAGGUCAAGCCACUUGACGACGUCGAGGACUUUGUUAAAAAGUACCGCGAGUAGUCGCUCUAGUUGAUUCUAGG